AUGGAAAACAAGACCUUCAGGGGGGAUAUUCUAAUCCUGGAGAGGUUAAAGGUCACAUCUCAGUCCUUCAUUCCUGCCUUCAUCCUCCUCCUCUUGGUUUACAUCUUUAUCGUGGUGUCCAACCUCGGCUUGGUGGCUCUGAUCUUCAGGAGCCGGAGCCUCCAGCAGCCCAUGUAUCUGCUCCUCUGCAACAUGAGUAUUAAUGACGUUUUGGGGGCCACAAUAAUUAUACCUCAUGUGCUCCGAGAUCUUUUAAUAUCAAACUCUGUGCGCUACAUUCAUUACAUUGACUGCGCCAUUCAGGCUUUCUGUGUUCAUCUCCAUGCAAGUGCCUCUCACACUGUGCUCAUGAUCAUGGCCUUUGACCGCUACGUGGCCAUCUGCAGCCCCCUGCGAUACACCACCAUCAUGACCAACGGGAUGGUUGUGAAGCUAUCGGUGGCAGCGUGGGCGAUCGCCUUUGUGUUGGUGUUGAUCCUUGUUGGCCUCAGUGUCCGCCUGUCUCGCUGCAGGUGGAUUAUAUUCAACAUGUUCUGCGACAAUGCCUCCCUGUUCAAACUGUCCUGUGAAAGCGUCCUAAUUAAUAAUAUCUACGGACUCAGCUACACGGUGGCCCUGCUCGGCUCCUCCAUCGGCAGCGUAACUCUCACCUAUCUGAAAAUUGCUGCAGUGUGUGUGCAAAGUAGAAACAAGGUGCUGAACAGCAAAGCGCUACAGACCUGCACCACACACCUCGCUGUGUACGUUAUCCUCCUGGUGUCUGGUUUCAUCAUCGUAAUCUUGCACCGUUUCCCACAGCUGUCAGACCACAGGAAAGUGGCGUCAGUCCUGGGCCAUGUGGCCUUGCCUGCCCUGAAUGCUAUUAUCUAUGGGUUGCAGAUUAAAGAGGUCAGGCAGAGGAUUAUGACUUUGUUCCAUAGCAAUAAAGUAGCUCUGAUGGAAGUGAAAUGA